ACGGCCUGUAUUUCCCUUGCUAUAUUAGUAAUGUUAGCUGUAUGGUAGUCGCCUCAAUUUACAGCCUCCAAAUGCAGGUGAGUUUAAUCUGGACUUUACUUGGCGUGGCUUUCUGGCCAACUACUCCUUAAAUAACUUUUACGUCAAAUUUCCAUUUCAUAAACUCCACUGCAAUUAACACAUUACAAGUAUGUCCAAAUGCCACAGUUUUGUUGACGCAUGUCAUGAAGUAACAUCAGCAACGGAGACCAAUUAGAGGCAAAAUGCAUUUGCGCAGAUUGUCCAGCAGAGGCUGCUAUGAGCAUUAUAAUGAGUUGCCACCUGCUCUGUCACCGCAACACGCAUUGAGCGGUUGACCCAAACGCCCUUGAGGUAAUUCGAAAACUAUAGAUUUUUCUCAUACAAACACAGAGAAUAGCCUACCUGAUUUGUGAAGGAUGCAAUUUAAAGUUUAUCUCUCAUUGGGUUUACAUUUUCCGUAAAUAUAGGGAACUCUGGAGAACUAUGGACAGCAUGACAACCUUUCGACAAAGACUAAUGGGACACUAUAAUCCUGCUCUCCCAAACUCCUCUUUCUCAGGGCCACAAAUAAAGGCUUCUGUGUAAAACUAAGCAUCCAAGUAGACUAAGGGUUGAUGUCCCCCUUCCAGAUUCAUUGUAGAAAAGCAGAAAUAAGCAGGAGCAGACUGCGAGAAAGUCCGUAAAUCCAUAACUCGAAUGUUAAUGGGAGAUGUAAGCAGAAGAGAGGCAAAGAGAUGCGGAUAGUCUGCAUCUUCGCAACUGUUGUGUGAUCUUUGAAUGGACUUUGCAACAUUAGCUGGUCGAAAACCAAACGCGGCAUGCAAACUUCAAAGUAUCAGAUCAGGUGUUUGUAUUCCGAAGUUUAACUUUAUCCCUUCUCUCACUGCGGACGCUCAUAAGUAGAAAUAACAAGUUUCUCAAGUUGUAUGACACAGAAAGCGAAUGGGAGUCUGUGGUCGUAUUAUUUCUGUAUGAGGUGAGGGCUUCCCUGACCGCACCGCCAGCUAGUUUUCACAGGAGGUCCCAGCAACGCCCGGUGCUGCUGCGCGCUCUGCUGACGCAACCACGUCGCUGUGGCUCAAUGCGAUGGCGGACCGCAAUGUCCCCAGACCUGCCCAGGGAGGGACGGACCAAAGUCACUGAGCCACUCUCACCGGCUCCGUUAAACUGCCGUCCGACUUGUCGUUAAAGAGAACCCACUGCCACUGCCGUCCCCUCCCGUGGAAUAGUAUGUGGGACGGGAUCUGCCCAGAGCGCACCGACCGGGACGAGCCAGAAGUGGAGUGAAAGGGAGCGGAGUGCGCCGGGCUGACGCACCGCAUGUUGAGCCAGCAAGUUGACUGAAAUAACAAAAGUCGCGUCGACGGGGAAGAGGGGACAGCCGCACUCGGAUUUAACGGAGGUUUGAGGGGACAGUUGUUCCGGCAAAAUGAAAUUCGCGGAGCAUCUUUCGUCCCACAUCACUCCAGAGUGGAGGAAACAGUAUCUUCAGUACGAGGCAUUCAAGGAUAUGCUGUAUGCUGCCCAGGACCAAGCCCCGUCCAUAGAAGUCACAGAUGAAGACACUGUGAAGAGAUACUACGCUAAGUUUGAGGAAAGGUUUUUCCAGACCUGCGAGAAGGAGCUCCUGAAAAUCAACACAUUUUAUUCAGAAAAGCUUGCCGAAGCACAGCGACGUUUUGCCACGCUGCAGAAUGAGCUGCAGUCGUCACUGGACGCUCAGCGUGAGAGCAACGCUCCGCCUGGCCUGCGGAAACGCAAGACCAUGUUCCACCUGUCGCAGGAGGAGCGCUGCAAACACCACAACAUCAAGGACCUGAAGCUAGCCUUCAGCGAGUUCUACCUCAGCCUCAUCCUGCUCCAGAACUACCAGAACCUGAACUUCACUGGUUUCCGUAAAAUCCUGAAGAAACAUGACAAGAUCCUGGAUACUUCUCGCGGAGCCGACUGGCGUGUGGUUCACGUGGAGGUGGCGCCAUUCUACACCUGCAAGAAGAUCAUGCAGCUCAUCUCGGAGACAGAGACCCUUGUCACCAAUGAACUGGAGGGAGGCGAUCGUCAGAAGGCCAUGAAGAGGUUGAGAGUUCCUCCACUGGGGGCAGCUCAGCCUGCUUUGGCCUGGACAACCUUUCGUGUUGGUCUCUACUGUGGCUUCUUUAUAAUUCUGGCCAUCUCCUUCGUUCUCUCUGGUGUUGUGUUCAUCCGCUUCGAGAAUGUGUGGCCACUGGUGCGGAUCUAUCGCGGCGGUUUCCUGUUGAUCCAGUUCAUCUUCCUGUUAGGAAUCAACACAUACGGAUGGAGACAGGCUGGAGUCAACCAUGUCCUCAUCUUCGAGAUCAACCCCCGAAACAACCUCUCACACCAACACCUGUUUGAGAUUGCUGGUUUCCUGGGUGUGUUGUGGUGUCUCAGCAUCCUCUCCUGUCUCUACUCAGAGUACACCUACCUCCCCAUGCAGAUCAACCCGCUCAUCCUCUACGGUUUCAUGGUGCUCUUCCUCAUCAACCCUUUCAAGACCUGCUACUACAAAUCACGUUUCUGGCUCCUCAAGCUGCUGUUUCGUGUGUUCACUGCACCGUUUCACCGGGUGGAGUUCGCAGACUUCUGGCUGGCUGAUCAGCUCAACUCUCUGGUGGUUGUCCUGAUGGACCUGGAGUAUCUCAUCUGCUUCUACAUCUUUGAACUGCAGUGGAGCAACAGCAAGGGCCUGCUGCCCAGGUUUGCAGAACCCGGUGACUACGUAUGCCACAGCUACUCGUAUGGUCUGCGUGCCAUCAUCCAGUGUCUGCCCGCCUGGUUCCGCUUCAUCCAGUGCCUGAGGCGUUACCGUGACACCAAGAGGGCCUUUCCGCACCUGGUGAAUGCUGGGAAAUAUUCUACCACCUUCUUUGUUGUCACCUUUGCUGCACUCUACGCCACACACAGAGAGCAAGGACACACAGACGCAGACAUGUUCUUCUACCUGCUGAUUGUGUUCUCCACUAUAAGCUCCCUGUACACACUGAUCUGGGAUCUACGUAUGGACUGGGGCCUGUUUGACCGCGGAGCUGGAGAAAACACCUUCCUCAGAGAAGAGAUUGUUUAUCCGCACAAGGCUUACUACUACUGUGCCAUUUUAGAAGAUGUGAUCUUGCGUUUUGCCUGGACCAUCCAAAUCUCGCUCACCACAAUGACCAAUAUCCACUCUGUGGGAGACAUCAUAGCCACCAUGCUGGCUCCCCUUGAGGUCUUCAGGCGUUUUGUAUGGAACUUCUUCCGUCUGGAGAACGAGCACCUGAACAACUGUGGUGAGUUUCGUGCUGUGAGGGAUAUCUCUGUGGCGCCGCUCAAUGCCGAUGACCAGACGCUGCUGGAGCAGAUGAUGGACCAGGAGGACGGCGUGCGGAACCGCUCGGGCAAGAAGACCUGGAAGAGGUCCUACAGCCUGUCCCUCCGACGCCCCCUGCUGUCCUCCUCACAGUCGAAAAAGGACACAAAGGUGCUGAUUGAAGACACGGAUGACGAGGCUUUCAGCUGAGUCCACGUUAGCACGUUCCACACACACACACGCACACACUCACACACACUCUCUCACACACACACACUCAUGCUAUACUUACAAGGACCUUGUUCACUGACACCCAGUUUCAACCUUUCUGCCUGAUAGUUAGCUACAGUUAACCUUUACUUUCAGUCUCCUAUAGCAGUGAGGACCUCAGGCUGCCUUCACUUUGGACAGUUUACCUCAUCUUCACUUCCGUGUGAGUAUAUCUGGUCUUUAUAAGUAUAGAAAAACCACACACAGUAAUACAGAAACACAUAAAUAUAAAUCUGCUGAAGCACAAGCACAGUGUAAUAUUGCUACAGUUGAGGAGAGAGCUACACAGACAGACAGAUGGACAGACAGACGCCAAGGCAAAUCUUCUGCACGUAACUGGAAACACUGACCACACUGCCCUGGGAUUAUCCUCCGCUUUUUUAAAAGGACUUCUUUAGUAGGUGUAGUUUACUUUGAGAUUUUUUUUUAUCUCUUUAGAUUUUCUUUCUCUUUACUUUUUCUGGAUUUGUUUUGGAGACUCUGCAUAGAUUAGGCUACAGACGACUGUUUACACUCCUUUUUAACUGCACUAGGAUCAGCAGGGAGGAGACAAGCCAAUCAAAAGACUAAAAAUGAAUCAAUAGAAACCUGAGGAAGGACUCAAGACACAUCACAGCAUAUCAAACCAAAUCAACUGGUUUCAACUUGUUGAUUCUUUUUAUACUCCAUCUUUUGUUCUUUUUCUUUCUUUCUUUCCUCUUUUCUUUCCAUUUUUUUUUGUUGGGUUGUAAUAACGUCAAUCACAAACCUGGAGGCACUUGCAGGAAAAGUGCAUUUCAUACGCAAAACAUGAAAAAAAAAAACCCUACUUGUACACAAAAAGGGGAUGUUUUGAUUCAAACAUUUCUAGUCUGUGAAGUUGCUUUGUAAUAUAUUUCAUAUAUUUUGAUGUGCAUUAUUGCUCUCUUGUAGUUGUUACGUACUUCUACAUGUGUUGUUUAUACUAGUGUGACUAGUUUGAGCAUCCACGCAAUGAUUGUUGAUGUAUUUUAUAAUGUUUAGAAUGUUUUUCUUGGUUGUGCCACAUUUUUGAUAAGCUCAUAGUUAGACCUCAGUUUACCCCGACCUUAAAUUAGAGCUAAACUGACUUGUGAUUCAUUGUGUCACGUCAUCUGAAAGAGCCCGAUUAGCUACAGUACACGCAUUUGUGUUGCUGUUCUUUGCAUUAACUACCAAAGCUUUAUUUUUAUGAAUGUGUCUGUGCUGCAGUUGCCCUGUCUAUCCAGCCUGCAUGAAACUCGUUUUGCAAAACUGCAUAUGUUAUUGGGCUGUUUUUGUAGGAAGGCUCAGUCAUGUUGGAAAUCUCAGUAUUAGGAGUAAAUUACGUCAACAAGAUAUGAUGCACGUUGUUAUUGAGUCAAAAGAGUGUACAAGCCAGUGGUUCUCAAACUUGGGCUUGGAGCAGUGUUGAGCACAAAAACGUCAAAAAAAGUCUUAUCUUGCUGUCAUGUUUACUGUCGGAGAGCCUCGUCUACCAUGUGUCUGUGUCUAAAAGAAAAGGAAAAAUGCAAACCAUGUUCAAAGAUAUUCAGUGUGGCUCAUAUUGUUGCUAACUUUUCCUAGUUUUGUCAGCCUUUCGAACUGGCACAUAAACGGAAUAAGCUUGAGAACCACCGUGAGUGUUGUAAUUACACAAGAACAGUCACCAGACAUGAGAUCUAUUAGUUCAAUUUGGAACCACCUGACAAAAGCUCAGCUCAGAUGUUUGUUUGUUUUGUCAGGCUACUUUUUAUUUCACUGGCUGGAGUGAUUUCCUCUAACAUUAAGUUAAGCUAUAACCAAAUGAAACAGCCAUAUUGAUUUGGGUUCACUUAAUUAAAUGAAGUAAAAAUUUGUCUGCCUUUGAGGCCAGGUUUGAGGCUCUAACUGAGCUAGCUGGUGGUGGUCAAAUAUCUGACAACACUGCAACACAGCACAUUAAGGGCUCUUAAACAGUAAACAUUUCUCAGCUAUGACGUGUUUCACUGCUCCUGUUCAGUCCUGGUGCCUGAAUUAGUCCACAUUCGGCGUUUCCAUCAACAUAUAGAUGUUGUUUGUCUCUUAUGUUCAAUGUUAGCACUUUUGACUCAACUGCUGUGACUUGUUGUAUGUAAUGUAAUCUACUAAUCUGAGAUAAGGAGAGUUAAUUAACGAUCAGAAAAAAUGCGUCGUACAUCUGACCUCGUUGUUUGCAUGUUUGGCUUACUUUCAGACCACCAGCUCACACUUUUAACAGCCGUUGGUUAAAAGUUCAAAGUGUGCAGCUGCUGCUGUUUCAGCUUUCACACUUUCAGAAGUUUCGCUUUCUCUUCCUGUGCGACUCCCCCCGCCUCCAACUCUCUACUACUACUCUGCUGUUUAUCCCUGUGGCUUCGCCGGGUCAUCGCCACUCAGUCAUAAGACAAAGUCCAGAGAGCUACAAGACAAAAAUGUUACAGACGGUCCUGCUUCUUCAACUUCUGUUUUUCCCGUAGCGGCUUAAAGACCAAGAAGCUUCUGUGUGCAGUGAGGCUGACGUGAACCAAUGUGUUGUACCUGUUAAAAUGUAGAAGAUGGGUAGCUUCCUGAUCCAUUCAAAUACACUGGGCACGUACCAUAAGUGUAUACAGGCGUAAUACAUGACUGACACACAUACACACACACACACACACACACACACACACACAGCCCACAUUGCCUCUCUCUCUCUCUCUCUCUCUCUCUCUCAUGUCGGAGAGCACAACAGUUUUGUAAAAAGGCUCCGUUGUCUUGCCUGCAUGCUGCUUUUGUUCCACAUUGUAUAUAGAUCUUAAUUUAUUUGACAUGAUGUGUAUAUUAGCAAUCAUUGUGGCCACUGUGACAAUGAUUGAUUUCAUACGUUGCCAUUUUUGCUCCAAGACAAGCAGUAUUUUUUAGGUGAAGAGGAGCUUCUUCUUUUCUUUUUUUUGAUUGCUCACAAUCCUGCAAUCCUUUUCAUGUGUAAAUCUGUUGAAAUGUGUUUGUAUAAAAAUAGAAAAAAGUCCAUAGAACUGGAGAAUGUGAUUGAUUGUAUCUUGUCAGUGAUUCCUUCUUGUUUCAAGGCUCCGUCGCCUCUGGGGGUUUGUGUCCAGGGUUCAUGGAGGGGUGGGGGCCAGAUUUCUGUGUCCUGAAGCUGUAAUACUGUUUGUACAUUUGUGAAUGUGCAUGAAAAUAUUGUGAAGAUACAUCUGUUGUUGUAAACGGCCCCGCUGACAGAAGCACUUUGACAUACUAUAGGGCACAGAAACAGGCCCCAGUUCAGAGGAGACACACACACACUAACAAGAUACUGUUAAGCUGAUCCCAGAUCUGCCUGAGCAUCUCUUCUCACAAGCAGAUCUGGGAUCUUUAAUUUGCUCGCUGGAAGCAUUUUUGAGAUGCUUCUCUGUGAAAAACAAAUGUUUUCAUGACCAGUGUCUGUUUACAGAUGUUCACUAUGUGUAACCCGCUGACAAAAACAAAAACAGGGUUCCUUUGUACAGUUUGUGCUUGAUGAGAUGAUGACGGUGAUAAGUCCUGACAUCCCAUUUCUCUCAUGGGUGAAAAUCGAAGACGAUUUUGUUUUCACUGCUUGCCAAAUGCCCCCUGAUGUUAAAAGUGCUUGAUAUGUGUGCAUCCCUCCCCUCCAUCCCUCCUUCUCUCGAUGUUGUUCGUACCCUUUCUCUAAUCUAGCUGAACGUGAUAGUACCUGUAGUUUGGUAGGUGAAUGUUCUACUUCGUUAAAAUACAAAAAUAAUAAUAAUAAUGAUAGAAUAAAUACAUUGUGGCUAAAUGUGAUUUUACGAGACAUAAAGAAAGAAAAACGUCUUACAGUCUGAACCACCCUCCCCUUUUACAGAGUAGUUUGUACAUGUUGAGUGUAUAACACUGUUCUAUGAUGCUUUUCCUGAUGGUAUUUGUAUUUCUGUAUACACUUUGGUGAUUCUGUCAUAUCUGGGUUUUAUAAACCACGAUUAUUUUUAAAACUC